AGGAGUGGGGCUGAGGGAGCUGGCCGGAUGAAGAUUGGGAUCAUAAUCCCAGGGAGAAAGAGUAUAUCGUGACGGUUGAAAAGUUGGUGGCGUCGGGCUUAAGGGGAGGAGCGGGCGCUCUGGCCCCGACUGGGCAGGUCCGGCCCGGAUCGAGGACGCGAGGUGCCUGGAGACUAUCUAGGGGCCAGAGGAGGAAGGGUGGAGAGAUGAUGGUUCUCUGGACCCUUCCUUGAAACCUAGAAGAGGAUAUCCACAUUUCAGUUUCUCCACCUAUCAAGUUUUAAUUCAUCAUGGAUAAUCUGUCAGCAGAAGAAAUUCAGCUGAGGGCUAACCAGGUUACUGAUGAGUCUCUGGAAAGUACAAGGAGAAUCCUGGGUUUAGCCAUUGAGUCUCAGGAUGCAGGAAUCAAGACUAUCACUACGCUGGAUGAACAAGGGGAACAACUAAAACGCGUAGAAGAAGGCAUGGACCAAAUAAACAAAGACAUGAGAGAAGCAGAGAAGACUUUAACAGAACUAAACAAGUGCUGUGGCCUUUGUGUAUGCCCCUGUAAUAGGACAAAGAACUUUGAGUCUAAGAAAGCCUAUAAGGCAACAUGGGGAGACGGUGGAGACAACUCUCCUAGCAAUGUAGUAUCUAAGCAGCCAGGCCGAGUGACAAAUGGUCAGCCUCAGCAAGCAACCACAGGAGCAGCCAGCGGCGGAUACAUUAAACGUAUAACAAAUGAUGCCAGGGAAGACGAAAUGGAAGAGAACCUGACUCAAGUGGGCAGUAUCCUAGGAAAUCUAAAAAACAUGGCCCUGGACAUAGGCAAUGAGAUUGAGUCUCAAAAUCGACAAAUAGAACGGAUCACAGAAAAGGCUGACACCAACAAAGAUCGUAUUGACAAUGCCAAUGCCAGAGCAAAGAAACUCAUUGACAGCUAAAGCUACUGCUGUACUUCUUUAUCAUUUAUUCACUUCCCUAGCUCCUCCUUCAAAGUCAUUACCUUUCCAGAGUUUGAAAUUUUGGUUCCACACUCUUCUAAUCGGGAGAUGAUGUGGAAGAAGAUCUAGGAGUAACAGCCGCCCUAUUCUUUUAUUUUCUCUUUUUCCCUUGAGGGUAGACUGUGGCUUAGUUUUCCUUCUAGUACUUUCUUUCUCAGUCCAUACUCUUAGGUUGGUUUUCAUACAUCAUAUAUAGUGUUAUUUUUCAUUCUCUCCAUUUACUUAGCAAGUUCUUCUGCUUUCAAACUUUGGAAGCAUUGCCAAAGACAGCCAUGUAAAAGGCUGGGGGCAGUAGGGGCAGGCACAAGGAGGAGAGGCAAGAGAUAAGAGGUUGUUACCUCAGUAAAACCUGCAGACCCUAAAGCCAAAAGUUGCAUAACCACAGUGAAGAUCUAGUUGGGUUUAAUUUCUGUUUAAGUUGCAGUUUUUGCCAAUUUAGGCCAAUGCUUGGUUUUGGAGCCUGUAUAUACAAUAUUUUUGUUAUACAUCACAACUUUGCAACCUCUGCUUCAAAAAACAGAAUGAGUUUUCUUAAAGUGAGCUUAAUUUCUGAACUCUUGGUGGUUCAUCUAUGUACAUAGAUUCUAUGAUCCCAUUUCAUAUUGCACCAUAUAGGAACGCAUGGUAUAAAUGAAUGGCUUUUUAUUUUCAUAUUAUUAAUAGUAUCAUGGUCCCAUUACAGGCCUAUUAACCUCAUAAAUUUGUCAUUAGUCUUUGAAGAAAAAAUAUGUAAAUAUGUAUAUAUAAUAUGAGAAUUUCUCUCUACAGCAGGGCUUAAAAUUUUUUGGAAAAGUUUGACAAAGUAUAUCACGUGAAUUCAGAUUUACCUCAAUGCCAAGAAUUCUGUUUAGAUAGGAAAAAAAUAAACUUCUUUUGAUCUCAGGUAGAAAAUAGUUAGAUUGCUUUGAGUUUUAUGUAGCUUUAAACUUUUUUAAA